CAUCCGGGUUAGUCCUUCUUCAUGUAUGGGUAUUGUAUUGUCUCAAAACAUUUUAGAUUCAACAUGGCGGAUUUGAUAUGGAGUUUUGGUGGUAAUUUUCUCGCCGUUGUUUGCAAUACUGGAGCUAAAGUUCUGGAUGUAAGGUUCUUACUGAAGAUGACAAGUUUUUAAUUACAUCAGAUAGAGAUGAGAAGAUACGAGUUAGUUGUUUCCCAAACUCAUAUAGCAUCCAUACAUUUUGUCUUGGACAUUUAGAUUUUGUUAGCUGUUUAGCUCUGUUAUCAAGAAGUCAAAACAUUCUUGUGUCAGGUGGAGGGGAUGGGACUGUCACUUUCUGGAAUCCUGAUUCAGGCAAAGAUAUAGCUUCAAAAAAGAUAGAUUACUCAAUAGAAGACAUCAAAGAGGAAAACCCUGAGGAUGAUCAGCACUGUGGUCCAAUUGUUUCAUCCUUAACUUGCUGUUGCAGAAACUCAGUGGUGUGUGCUAUAAUAGAAAGAUGUAAAAUCAUUUCUUUAUACCAUGCAAGUCAAAAGGAGGUUAUAACCCUCCCUUCCUUAGAAGCAAAUGUGCCCCCCUGGAGUGCAGUAUUUGACCCAGAGGGUAGACUCUGGUGUGUGCAGCCCUACCCUGAGGAGCCUGUGUUGGUUUUUGAACCUAGCGGACAUUCACCAGACUUAACGUACGUAAAACUGGUGUCGGAUUUUACACCGCUCCUGUCCUCAGUUAGCGACUGGAACUAUUUAAAAGGUAGUUUAAAUCAGGAGCGUAAACUGGAUACGCUAAGAAAGAAAGAGGUCGACAAUUUAACGGAGUACUUGGCAAGAAAAGAGGAACGAAUAGAAAAGAAAAAUAACAAGAGUAAACAUCAGGACAACGGUCAUACUAAAAUGGACAGCUCCACCGUUGAACCGACCACAGAAAGUGAAGCAAAGAGACCAAAACUUGAGUUGACAAGUUAAAUUGGCCAACUAAACAAUGAGUGUUCGCUACUGCCUAUUUGAUACACUUGUGUAGUCCUUGAAUCAAACAAAAUCUAUACAAUUAAAAACUCUUUGGAAUCC